UACAGAUGUUGCUAUGAGGAAAGGAGUCAGCAAUGACUGAUGUGGAGCCUGUGGUGACAGAUUUUGCAGCAUCAGGACGGGCAGGCCGACGGAACGCCUUACCAGAUAUCCUGGGCUCUCCUGCUGGUGCUGGGACUUCAGACCUGCCACACAAACUGGCUGAGCUCUCUGUUUCAGAAGAUGCAGGAGCAGAGGGUGGAGAAGUACCAUCAUCCAAAGCCUUGCUGGAAAGUCAAGAGGCAGAAGCAAAAAGCAAUGAUUCCUAACACCUAAGCACUGCUGUGUUAAUGAAACGCAUCAACAGACUUUCCAGUUUCUCUCUGUCACCCCUCCUGAAGUGUGGUAGCAACUUUAGCAGCACAGACAUGAUUUUGCAACACACUUGUACCUAGAUGACAUUAAUGUGGAUGACAUACUGUUUUUUCUACUGUCAUCCUCCAAAAACAAUGUUCUACACAUCCAAAUGGAAAGAGAACUAAAGAAUGUAUCUAGUUUUGGGGUUUCUCAUGGUUAUAGUAUUCAUCCUAACUAAUCUCCUUUGAUGGUUCCCAUUAAUAUACCUAGCAGAUGUACCAGUAACUAAUAAAAAUCCUCGUUCUUAAUUUUCCCAAACAGCUUCUCUUACAUAGAGGUGUAUUCACUCUCCCCAACAUGAUAUUAAGUAUAUAUUAAAUUACAGACAAUAUCUGUAAUUUAUCUCCUGAGAUUUUUGUUCUCAUUAGACAUAUGUAGAUGGGUGUGAGAAAUAACAAAAAAGGACAUAAUUUUUUUCUCCUCCUUUC